UAAUAUGCGCUUCCUGGACAAAAAAGCAAGCAGUUGCGUCUCCACCAAAUGUUAUCAUUAUGCUUAUGGAUGACGUCCUGAGAGACUGUAAUUCCCAGGAACUUGAAGGUCUCGACGGUUGACACAAGGCAGCUGGACAACGUGAGGGGCAGCUGUGGCGAAGGAUGCCUCCUGAAGUCCACGAUCAUCUCUACAGUCUUGAGCGUGUUCAGCACCAGGUUGUACCUCAUACCUCAAAUGGGUUGGGGAGAUUUAGGGGUUUUGGGCCAGCCCUCCAGAGAGACCCCUAAUCUGGAUGCUAUGGCUGCACAGGGCAUGCUUCUCCCAAACUUCUACACUGCCAACCCUUUAUGUUCACCAUCCAGAGCUGCACUUCUCACCGGGAGGCUACCUGUCCGAAAUGGUUUCUACACCACUAAUGGUCAUGCCAGAAACGCAUACACACCACAGGAGAUUGUAGGAGGAAUCUCCCGGGAUGAGAUCCUGUUACCUCAGAUGCUGAAAAAGAAAGGCUACGUCAGCAAGAUAGUUGGGAAAUGGCAUCUGGGCCACAGAGCGCAGUACCUGCCCCUGAAGAACGGCUUCGAUGAAUGGUUUGGUGCGCCCAACUGCCAUUUCGGGCCCUACAACAACAGCGGGCGACCCAACAUCCCUGUCUACAACAACUCGGAGAUGGUCGGCAGAUACUAUGAGGAGUUUAAGAUUGACAGAAAGACGGGAGAGUCCAAUCUCACACAGAUUUACUUGGAGGAAGGUCUUGACUUCAUAUAUCGACAGAGUGUGGCCCAACAGCCCUUCUUCCUGUACUGGGCCGCUGACGCCACUCAUGCCCCAGUCUAUGCUUCCAGACGCUUCCUCGGGAAGAGCCAGCGAGGCCGGUAUGGUGAUGCGGUGAUGGAGCUGGACUACAGCGUUGGUCAGAUCCUGUCACAGCUGAGAACUCUUGGUAUUGAAAAUAGCACCUUUGUUUUCUUCACCUCAGACAACGGAGCCGCUCUUACGUCUGGCGCAAAUGAGAGUGGCAGUAAUGGGCCAUUUCUCUGUGGGAAGGAGACCACUUACGAAGGGGGGAUGAGGGAGCCUGCCAUUGCCUGGUGGCCCGGACAUAUCACAGCAGGCACGGUGAAUUUCCAGCUGUCCAGUAUAAUGGACCUGUACACCACUAGUUUAUCACUGGCAGGCAUCAGCCCAAUUGAUGAUCGAGCCAUGGAUGGACUGGACCUGACACCAGUUUUCCUGAACAGCUCACACACACUGCAAAACAGGCCAAUCUUCUAUUACCGUGGAAAUGAACUGAUGGCUGUCAGGCUUGGGCAAUACAAGGCCCACUACUGGACCUGGACCAACUCGUGGGAGGAGUUCAAAAAGGGUGUAAACUUUUGUCCAGGUCAGGAGAUCCCAGGUGUGACCACACAUGAGCAAAAGGAGCACACACUGCAACCUCUCAUUUUCCACCUGGGUCGGGAUCCCGGGGAGAAGUUCCCCAUCAGUGUUUCAACAAAGGAGUACCAGGAUGUACUCAGCCGCAUCUCGCCAGCUGUGGAGCACCAUAAGAAGACGCUUGUUGCAGGCAUCCCCCAGCUCAACAUGUGUGACGUUGCAGUGAUGAACUGGGCCCCAGCCGGCUGUGAGAAGUUAGGAAAGUGUCUCAAUGUGCCCAUGUCAUCUCCAUGGAAGUGCGAGUGGCCACACUGAAGAAGCAGGAAGCCAAAGUCGAGCAUGUGCCUUACUGAAGAUCAGAAUACAACUUUUAUAACCGUUAUCUGCUAUCUUUAAAUUACCAUGUUGUAUUUGCUAAAAUGUGAAUGUCAAAUUUACCAUGAGAUUUGCCACCUUAUCAAAUUAUUAUUAUUUUAUUUUUUUGCAGUUUCCCCACUUUACGAUUAUCAGAAAAAUUUAAAUAGCUGACAAAAAUAACCCAAGUCAACAUAAAAUGCAAUUUUUAAAUGGUGAUUUAAUUAUGACGGGGGGGAAAAAACUAUUCCAAUUUACCGGCCCUGUGUGAAGAAGUAAUUACCCAAAUUGUUAAAUCGUGAAUUAACUUUGGCUUAUCACAUUUUUGGGAAAGCUGAGUUCAUUUUCACUGACCACAUCCAAUCCUGAUCAACUCCAGACCUGUUCAAUGAGGAAAUCACUUACAUACAACCUGUCUGACGCAAUGAAAUCGGAAAAAAGAUUUUUUUAAAACUGCAACAAAAUGUCACGAUCCAAAGAAAUUCAAGAACAGAUGCGAGAUAAAGUAAGUAAACAUCUGUCAGUGUGGAAAGGGUUACACAGCCAUUUCUAAAUCUUUAGGGAACCACGGUGAGAGCCAUUAUACUCAAAUGGAGAAAACAUGGAACAGUGGAGAACCUUCCCAGGAAUCACUGGCCCUGCAAAAAAUAACCCAAGAGCACAGUGACGACUCAUCCAGGAGCUCACAAAAUAACCCAGGACAACGUCUAAAGAACUGCAGGCCUCCCUUGCCUCAGUGAAGGUCAGUGUUCAUGACAAAACAAUAAGGAAGAGACUGGGCAAAAAUGGCAUCCAUGGCAGCGUUCCAAGGCGAAAACCACUGCUGACGAGUCAUCCCUCAUGCCGCUAAAGGCUCAUCUAACCCCCCCAAAAAAAAAAAAACAUCGAAAAGAUUUGGGAGAAUAUUC